AUGGUGACAAAGUUCUACCAGCAUGUCUUAGCAUUGGCUUUUUCCGUAAAUGAGAUCAACGAGAAUCCCAGGAUCUUGCCCAAUGUCACACUUGGGCUCCAUGUCUGUGACAGCUACUUCAAUGAGAGGAUGGCCUACCGCACAACUCUGGAUGUGCUGUUCAAAUUGCAUAGAUUUGUCCCUAACUAUGAAUGUGGGAGCCAGAAAAGCCUCAUAUCCAUCAUUGGGGGACUUGGCCCUGAUAUUUCCUUCCACAUGGCAGACAUCUUAAGUCUCUACAAGAUUCCGCAGCUCACAUAUGGCUCAUUUCCUCCAGAGGAAAAUGUCUCCUCUUUUUACCGCAUGGUCCCAAACGAAGCCCAUCAAUAUAUGGGGGUUAUCCGACUGCUUCAGCAUUUUGGAUGGACCUGGGUUGGGCUCUUUGCUGUGGAUGAUGAGAGUGGAGACCAUUUCUUGCAGGCCCUAGAGGCAUUGUUUUCUGAAAAUGGAAUCUGCUCAGCCUUCACACAGAGAAUCCCAAGCCAAGCUCGGUUGAUUAAUAUCACUGACAUGAUUGAUACAGCCACAAAUAUAUAUCAGCCUUUCACGGAUCACAGAAUCAGCACUUAUGUUUUCUAUGGAGAAACUCUCACUGUUAUGUGGCUGACUACUAUGAUGUUUCUAACUGAUCCUGAAUAUCAGGAAAACACAUCUUCUGGAAAGAUAUGGAUCGUGACAGCCCAGAUUGAUUUUACAGUUAUAGCCCUUAUCACGGGUUGGGAUCCUGAAUUUUUCCAAGGCACCGUUUCUUUUGAGGUUCACUCAAAUGAACCAUCAGGGUUCCAGGCAUAUCUUCAUAAUAUAAAACUUUACUGGGAAGAAGGAGAUUCUUUCCUCAAUGAUUUCUGGGAGCAAGCAUUCCACUGCUCAUUCCCGAAUCACAAUGUGCCAUUAGAAGUUGAUAAAGAGGUUUGUACCAGGGAUGAGAGGCUACAUAACCUUUUUGGGUCUGUUUUUGAAACUCGCAUGACUGGUCACAGCUACAGCAUCUUCAAUGCUGUCCACACGGUGGCACAAGCUUUGCACACCAUGCACUCAUCAAGAUCCAACCACGACCCACUAGCAGGUGGUAAAAAACCUGAAUGGAAAAACCUUCAGCCCUGGCAGCUUCAUCAGUUUCUUCAAAGCAUCUCCUUUAACAAUUCAGCGGGAGAAAGAGUGCACUUCAACAAUAAAAUGGAAAUGGUAACAGGGUUUGACAUAAUGAAGAUGGUCAUAUUUCCCAACAACUCCUUCACAAAAGUGAAAGUUGGAAGAGUAGAUCCCAGUGAAGGGCAGGAUAUCAUCCUGAAUGAGGACAGGAUUACUUGGCAAAGACGUUUCAAUCAGGUGUUGCCCCUUUCUGUAUGUAGUGACUCCUGCCAUGCUGGUUAUCAGAAGAAGAAGAAGGAAGGGGAGAAAUUUUGCUGCUAUGAUUGUGUUCCAUGUCCAGAAGGGAAGGUUUCAUGGCAACAAGACAUGGCAGACUGCUACAAAUGCCAUGACGAUCAAUAUGCAAGCAGGGACCAAGAUCAAUGUAUGUCAAAGACAUUAGCUUAUCUGUCCUACGAAGAUCCUUUAGGGAUUAGUUUAGGAUUGGUUGCUGUGUCCUUCUCUAUUGUUACAGUAUUGGUAAUUGGAAUUUUUAUUAAGAACAAAGAUACCCCCAUAGUCAAAGCCAACAAUCGGGACCUUACAUACAUUCUCCUCUUCUCCCUCCUGUUCUGCUUCCUCUCAUCAUUGCUAUUCCUUGGCCAACCUGGGAAGGUGAUCUGCUUUCUCCGUCAAUCUGCUUUUGGCAUUAUCUUCUCAGUGGCUAUCUCUUGUGUGUUGGCUAAAACCAUAAUUGUGGUUCUUGCUUUCAUGGCCACCAAGCCGGGGUCCAGAAUGAGAAUGUGGGUGGGGAAAAGAUUGACCAAUUCCAUUGUUCUCUCCUGCUCCAUUAUUCAAGCAGGCAUUUGUGUGCUGUGGCUGGCAACCUCUCCCCCAUUCCCAGAUUUGGACAUGCAGUCCCUAAUUGAAGAAAUCAUAGCAGAAUGCAAUGAAGGGUCUGUCACCAUGUUUUAUCUUGUUCUGGGCUACAUGGGAGUUCUGGCCAUCAUCAGCUUCACUGUGGCUUUCCUGGCAAGAAAGUUGCCAGACAGUUUUAAUGAAGCCAAGUUCAUCACCUUCAGCAUGUUGAUGUUCUGCAGUGUUUGGUUGUCAUUUGUUCCGACCUACCUGAGUACCAAAGGGAAAUAUAUGGUGGCUGUGGAGAUCUUCUCCAUCUUGGCCUCCAGUGCUGGCUUGUUGGGUUGUAUAUUUUUCCCCAAAUGCUACAUUAUUUUGUUGAGACCUGAACUGAAUACGAGGGAGCAGUUGAUAAGAAUAAAAAGUUAA